AUGGCAGAUGGACAGGAGUCAUACUCAGUCCCCUUUGAAAAAUUAAAUGGGAGCAACUGGGAGGAGUGGUCAAGGAAGCUGAAGGCCUGGCUGGUAGCCAAGGGUCUGUGGGAGGCGACCCAAGGGCCCCCACAGCAAGCUUCAGCCGGAGCUGCAGCAGCGGUUGUUGCAGCUGCCCAAGCCUCACAGAGGAAAGACCAGGAAGCCCUAGGAGCUAUCGUGCUCAGUUUGGAGGGCUCACAGCUACCUUUGGUGGAGGGUCUUGACAGUGCCCAGGUUGUUUGGCAGGAGCUGGAGAGGGUUUGCCGAGACACCACAGCGGAAGCCAAAAGCCACGUCCCCAGAUGCAGUACAGCCUCAAGGAGAGCUGCUGGCAAGGUUGGGGGGGCAGAGAAGACCAAAGGCAAGUUUGCAAAGUUUUCCACCGGUUGUUUGUGUGACGAGGAGGAACGCCGUCUCAGAGAGGGCCGAGAUGGGCAGGGUGCCCUGCCGGUAACAGAGGGGGGGCCAAGCCAGAAGGCACAGUUCAGGCUUUUUCCACUCGUCGUCGUUUUGUCUGCGGGUCUCUUGACCAUCUGUGUCGGUCCUGUCCGAGGAGAGCUAGAGAGGCCGGGCAGGAUGUCUCUAAGGUCACUUCCCAUGGCAGUCAGCCAAGUCCUCGUGGCAGCCAGCCAGGUUUCCAUGGCAGCCAGUCUAGGAGAGGAGGCCAGCGUGGGAAUGCAAAGGGAGGAUGUGACAGAGGAAGUGAGAAGGACGGUUCUUCUUAUCACCUAG